GGAUAAAGGAGCCACAAGUCCUCCCCAUCCCGUGAACUUACACAUGCUUGUAGCAAGGGCGCCAGACAUCAAACUUCCAGCAGCUUUUUCAGAUUCGACUUUCCCUUUAACUCAGUUCCAAGAUGGGUUCUUUGCCCGCUGCCAACGUGCCUCGAAUUGACAUCUCGCCUCUGUUUGGUGACGAUGGCGAAAAGAAGGCCCAGGUAGCGCGAGCUAUCGACGCAGCCACGCGUGACACCGGCUUCUUCUACGCUGUCAACCACGGUGUUGAUCUCCCGUGGCUCUCUCGCGAGACUGCCAGGUUUCAUCAGACCAUUAGCGAUGAGGAAAAGUGGCAACUGGCAAUACGGGCUUAUAACGAGAAGAACGAGUCCCAGGUCCGCGCAGGAUACUCGCUCCCUAUCCCGGGCAAGAAGGCUGUGGAGUCGCUUUGCUACCUCAACCCUUCAUUUGGGCCAGAUCACCCGCGCAUCAAGGAAAAGACGCCAAUGCACGAGGUCAAUGUCUGGCCAGCCGAGGAGAGGCACCCUGGAUUUCGGUCCUUUGCCGAAAAAUACUACUGGGACGUUUUCGGCGUUUCCGAGGCGCUCCUGCGAGGGUAUGCGCUGGCAUUGGGCAAGGAAGAGAACUUCUUCACCCAGCACUUCCAGCGAGACACCACUCUGUCGUCUGUCGUUCUCAUCCGUUACCCCUACUUGGAGAACUACCCCGCACCGGCAAUCAAAACGGCGGACGACGGCACGAAGCUUAGCUUUGAGUGGCACAAGGAUGUGUCGCUCAUCACCGUUCUGUACCAGUCGGAUGUGCAGAACCUGCAGGUCAAGACCGCUCAGGGCUGGCUCGACAUUGAGCCUGACGACACUGGGUUCCUCGUGAACUGCGGUGGCUACAUGGCCCAUAUCACCAAUGAAUUUUACCCUGCCCCCGUUCAUCGCGUCAAGUGGCAAAAUGCAGAGCGACAGUCCUUGCCUUUCUUCGUGAACCUGGGGUGGGAUGACACUGUCCGUCCUUGGGACGCUGCUGCCAAGGACGGGGCCUCCAAAGAACAGGACACUUGUAACGAGAGCAUCUCCUAUGGCAAGUACUUGCAAGGGGGGCUGGUUGGGCUGAUUAAGAAGAAUGGACAGACCUAGCCGAUAAUCCAGGGCCGAUACGGGACGUUGGCAGCAAGACUCCGUUCUGUCCGUCGAAUAACAACAUUGAGGGGUACACACGCACUAGGUGAUACGUUUUAGCAGGAACAAUCAAUCCACCAGGCGCGUGCCGAAAUCAGAGUGUAUCCGAUCCAGUCUGCAAUGCCGAUGCUUGUCAUACGGUAUACCACAACUCUCUAGGGUAUAGGCUAGGGUUCUAAUAGGCUAGAACCAACACUGACUGUCUUUAGCAAAUACGUG